AUGCUCGAAUCAGAGAACAGAGCCAGACGCAGACCAUCGGGACGGCCACUGCCCACUGUCCCGCAGAUUCUCGAAGGCAUUGAGCUGGAGGAAGUGGUCGAUUGUCUGCCAUCAGUUCACCAAGUCCUCAGCAAUCGUGAGGGAGCCGAUUCAGGUCCAGACGUUGUCCAAAGAUCUUCCAACAGACCAAGGCCAUUGACGUUGGAUGAAGCCAGUGUGGAAGCAUUUGCAAUCAACCGUUCUCCACAUGGACAGCCCGCUAGAACCACGCGACUUCUUCCACCUCCUUACGGCUCAUAUCAUCCACCCAGAGCUGCUCCGGUGGCUGCACAUUCCGCCCAUCCUCUCCUUCAGCAGCCUCCGGCUUCCACCGCGGAAGGGUCGAGGCUGACGGCCGCACCGGCUGCUCCUGUCAUCGUGGUGACCGAUCCCGAUGGUGAUCAGCGAGCCCUAAGCACGGAAGACGAUUUUCUCUUUCCAGUGCCUCCUCCGGUGUACUCACCGCCCCAACUAGGUAUUCCUCUUCCCCAUGUAGCCGAAGAACCCCGCGGACAAGCUUAUGCCAUAUUAGAGUUCCGGGAGAGGCAACCCCGCAGAUCCACAGUACAAUCCUCCCACCUCUCCCCACAUUGGCAGCCUCGGCUCGUCCGCAACUACUCGUCGUUUGCCGGAGGGUACCCGCAAGACAACGGGAUGGGCCACCGGGGUCUGUCCCCGUCCCCGUCCCCUCCCGGCAGUGAGGUCGUGACCGUGUUCGAUGAUCAACCUGCUCGGACGGCAAAGUGCGAUGUGUGUGAUGGCCGCAACACAUCUGGCAUGAGCAGAUGUACGGUGUGCAAGUGGCAGUGCUGUCACAAUUGUACCAUCCGCAAAGGACUUCGCCGAUCUCACAUUGCCGGGAACGUAGUGCAUGUUGCGCCGAUCACGCGGGAGGAACUAUUACAGAGCAGCACGGAAGCCAGUAGGUCGACAGGCAAGACAAAGAGGAAGAACAAAACGAAAAAGGUGGGUGGUGGUGCAAGGGCGAGUGCGAAUGCGAGGAACAAUCGCGGGUUGGAUUCCGUGGGAACAGCCACCGAAGCAAGGUACAACGUGGAGGCAAGCGCUGGUAGCUAUAAGUCGUUCGUCGAUGGGGAGGUGAUAGUGCGAGACUUCGGGGCAUUGCCGGAAGCAGAAGGUACGGCGAACAUCCCCGCUGGCAGGAACUGCAACCACCGCGAGCCCAUCGCUCAGGGCGAACUGCAGCCCAUUCGCACAUUUCCCAAACCCAAGAAGGGCCAGCAAGUUGUCAGUGCAGCGCCUCCUCGCUACAGCCACGAGCUCAUUUGGGGUCCACCGGCUGGCAUCGAUGACGCCUUCACCCACAACGCAGAUCGUGUUCACCCCCCAGCCACUCCACCUGGUAGACCAGAUUACAUCGAUCAGGAGUUGAAGGAUGCUGGGGAGCUUCUUACCUUCUCAACCGCGGCGACAGCGAUAGAAGCAGUAGAGCGAGGUAUACAUCUCGCAGCCGGAGGUAUUCCAGAUAAAGCUCGCAUUAUCGAAGACGCGAGCGCAUUGGCCGAGCAGGAAGUUGAGGAGUACAAGCAGGGCCGUGCGUUGGCAGGAGUAUGA